AUGGUUCGGACGAUCGGCAUAGUAGGCGGAGUUGCGUGGCCCAGCACACUUGUUUACUACAAGGUUGCCAACGAAUACUACAAGCAGCAGACGGGAACCAAUGGGCUCAACACACCGAAUCUCGUCAUUAGCCAGUGCGAUUUCGCUUUGAUUGAGCACGCGCAAAAGGAAAACCGGUGGGAAGAGGUUGGCCGGUUACUUGCCAACGAGGGCAAGAAGCUCAAGGCAGCUGGCGCCGACUUUUUCCUCCUGGCCUGCAACACGGUCCACACUGCUGAUGAGCACGUCCGUAACGGGGUCGAUUUGCCCAUGCUGCACAUUGUCGACGCUGCUGCCCAGGCGGCUCUUGAGAAAGGCCUGACGACAGUCGGCCUCCUUGGAAGCAGAUACACCAUGACCGGGACCUACUUUGUCAAGCGGUUGCAGGACAAGUAUGGUCUUCGCGUCCUCGUUGCUGAAGGCGAGCACGAGACCAACGUUCACAACGCCCUCUACCAGGAGCUCGCCAAGAACAUUUUCCUGGACAUCACAAGGGUCAAGUUCAACAACGCCAUUGCUGACCUGGCUUCUCGUGGCGCUCAGGCUGUCAUCCUCGGUUGUACCGAGUUUGGCAUGCUUGUCCGCGAGGAGGACAGCCCUGUGCCCAUCAUCGACACGAGCAUUGUACACGCCCGCGCCGCUGUGGACCUUGCGCUUCAGGAAGGAGAGAUACAGAUUGAUAAUGGUUACGUGAAGCUGGGUUGA